AGUGCUCUCUAGGGGUUGGCUGCUUGGGAUCCACUCCCGGGUGCGGCGCUAGGUGUUUUGCGGCCUCUUUCUUUCUGUCUCUAGGUUCUCUUGUGGGAUCGGUUUCCUGAUCAGUCACCUUCCCUUCUCCAGCUCUCCCCCUUAUCGCCUUCACCCAAUUGCGGCUGGGCCUGGAGUUCACGAAACACCAUCCUGUGAGAAGAGAGUUUCAAGAGGAUCUUUCCUGUGGGAGAAAAAAAAAAAACAAUUAAAGUAAGCUUUCUCUCAAGCUUUUCCUGCUCCAGAUGGCUGUAGAAUCAAGGGAGACAGUAGGCCUAGCUCCUCUGGUGCAGGCUCCAGAGGAAGGUCUUGUGAUAGUAAAAGUAGAGGAGGAAGACCACAACUGGGACCAGGAAUCCAGCUUCCAUGAGCCUAACCCACAUGGCCAGGAGGUCUUCCGCCAGCGCUUCAGACAGUUCUGCUACAGGGAAACACUAGGGCCCCGUGAAGCUUUGAUUCAGCUUCGAGCCCUUUGCCAUCAAUGGCUAAGACCAGAUUUGCACACAAAGGAGGAGAUCCUAGAACUGCUGGUGCUAGAGCAAUUCCUGUCCAUCCUACCUGGGGAACUUCAGACCUUGGUGCAGGAACAUCAUCUAGAAAGUGGAGAGGAGGUGGUAACAGUGUUGGAGGAUUUGGAGAGACAUAUUAAUAUACUAGGUCAAGAGGUCCCAGCUCAUACCAGUGGAAUGCCCUGGGAAGAAAGAACAAGUCUGGGAGCAGCACAAGAACCACCAAAUAUCCAGCCACAGCCUAUGGGACUUAAGUGUGACUCUUCAGACCCCCAGAUUCUACAAGAAAGAAUUUUGCCCAUUCCCCAGACUCCUGCUUCAUCACAGAAGGGAAGCCCACGAGACCAGGAAAUGGCAGCUGCACUUCUUACAGCUGGAUUCCAGACUUUGGUGAAGAUCGAGGACAUGGCAGUAUCUCUUAUCCAGGAGGAGUGGGGACUUCUUGAUCCAGCACAGAAAGAUCUCUGUAAUGAUGGCAGGCCGGAGAAUUAUGGCCACAUGUACUCCCUGGGUGGUGAGACCAGGAGUGAGAACAAGGAUUUAACUCAAAAACAGGUAAUAUCUGCUGAAACGGAACCAAAUGGAGAAAGAACUGCCAAACGCAAUGGGAAUGUUCCUGAGAGCAUUGACCAUGGACAAGCUAGUGAAUAUACAGGCAGGUUAGACCGACGGCGAGGAAACCCUACCACCGGAGAAAGACGACAUAAAUGUGAGGAAUGUGGGAAGAGCUUUGCCCAAAGUUCAGGCCUUGUACGACACUGGAGAAUCCACACUGGGGAAAAACCAUAUCAGUGUAAUGUGUGUGGUAAAGCCUUCAGUUACAGGUCAGCCCUUCUUUCACAUCAGGAUAUCCACAACAAAGUAAAACGCUAUCAUUGUAAGGAGUGUGGGAAAGCCUUUAGUCAGAACACAGGACUUAUUCUACAUCAGAGAAUCCACACUGGAGAGAAGCCCUAUGAAUGUAAUCAGUGUGGGAAGGCUUUUAGUCAGAGUGCAGGCCUAAUUCUACAUCAGAGAAUCCACAGUGGGGAAAAACCCUAUGAAUGUAAUGAAUGUGGGAAAGCUUUUAGUCAUAGUUCUCACCUUAUUGGACAUCAGAGAAUCCACACUGGGGAGAAACCCUAUGAAUGUGAUGAGUGUGGAAAAACUUUCAGGAGGAGCUCACACCUUAUUGGCCAUCAGAGAAGCCACACUGGGGAGAAACCCUACAAGUGCGGUGAAUGUGGGAGAGCAUUCAGUCAGAAGUCAGGUCUUAUUGAGCAUCAAAGAAUCCACACAGGAGAGAGACCCUAUAAAUGUAAAGAAUGUGGGAAAGCUUUCAAUGGGAACACAGGCCUUAUUCAACAUCUGAGAAUCCAUACUGGGGAGAAACCUUAUCAGUGUGGUGCAUGUGGAAAGGCCUUUAUUCAAAGGUCAAGUCUUAUUCGACAUCAAAGAAUACACAGUGCAGAAAAAUCUGAAUCCACAUAAUAUGUAUGAAAGCUUUCAGUUACAAUUCAGGCAUUAUUCAACCAUUAGAAAAUUAAAUGCCAUCCCUCAGAGCCUAAAACAGUGCUUUGCAACUAGUAGGGUGCUUAAUAAAUGUUUGUUGAAUUUGAAUUGAAACUACACUGGAGAGAGUCCCUAUCAUUGUAGUAAAUGAGUGAAUAGUCAUUGUAAUAACCUUAUCUAGCGUCUAGUAUCAUAGAAUCCACAUGCUAUAGCUACAUUAUACUAGCUCUUCAGAAAAAGUUGGGCAAAAUUUACUGAUAUUUUGGUCCUUUAUAUGGGAUAAAGCUUUUAAGUUGCUGUUUAUCCUCUGAAAUUGGAAAAUGUGUUUGAAUAAGCUGCUUAUUUACCACCCAAGGAAUUGAACUAUGUUCUAGCUAAGUGGCUGUGGAUUUGAGAGCUGCUACUACUUUCACCACUGCAUUUUAUCUUUCCCAUUAUUAUCCUUCAUAUAUUCUUUAUUGAAAUUACUGUCAUGUCCCUAAUUGGAUGUCAUGAGGCUUCAUGAAAAUCUUCUAGCUUUAUAAUACCAUAGGAAAAUUUUGAAAAUACUUCAUCCUGUCAUGCUAAUAUAUUCGCAUUUUAUUGUAAAUGUUUCUGUGAUUGUCUCCACUGUUUGUGAAUUCUUUAUUGCUAUUUGAAUUUAGAAUGCUACAUUUUAAAAACCAUA